AUGGCCUUUUCCUCACUUCUUACAGGUUGUCCAAGCACACCCAGCAGUCUUACUGUGCUUGAACAGAUGAAGAAACUCCAAGAAAUGGUGAGCCAAAAAACCAAGCUGGAGAUCGGGGAUGUUGUCAGGGUCAGAGGUCACAUCCGAAUUUACAGGCAACAAAGAGAAAUUCAGGCGUCAUGUUUUUAUAAAGUGGAUGAUCCUGUGUGUGAUGUUCAGAUUUCAAGAAUGCUGGAGCUCCCCUGUCUCUACAGAGAAGUUUACGAUAAACCUUUCCAAGGCCCUGAGGAGGAACAGAGUGGCCUGGAGGGUCAGAAUUUCUCAAUCAAUAUGCUGCAUGAGAAAGUGAAAGGCUUUCUGUUAGAAAACAAAAUUCAGACCUUUUACCAACAGGAGUUGGAAACAAUUGAUACUCUGGUGUCACUGGCUGGUGCGCAUGUACCCAGGGGGUGUCAGGAGGUGAAGUCAAAAGGUUACUCCGGUUCCAAAAGGAUUCACAGUGUUUUUAAGGAAGCAAUAAGGAUGCUACAAGAAAAAGGGGUGGUUUUCCAGAAACCUAGUAGCUCCAAAGACUUAUACCAUGUGACUGACCAUGAUAAGGAGCUGCUUAAAGUCACCCUUGAUGUGAUUAAAGAAGACUGUCGAAAACCCAGGCAUGCUGAAAAAGGCUGCCAUUUCCUUCAUGUCCUGAGUUGUAUUCGGCAGAGCUACAACCCCUCCCUGGCUGAAGUGGUGAUGCACCGUGUCUUGGAACUGCUGGAGAGUAACAGUGAUGUUGUCAGCACUAUGGAAGGAUAUUAUAUGGCAUUUUGA